AUGACUGCCAAUAUACCCUUGGUCAACGGUACUUCUCAGUGUACCGUUACCGCUCAUUCGUCAAAAAGUUAUGAAGCAUGUAUUGAGUUUUAUUCCCAGUUUCUACAAUUGGAAUCUGAGAGCUCAAACGCAAAUUCCACACUGCUACGCAACUCUGGUGUAAGUUUAGAGAUCGUGCUUCGUGAAGACGCCAACAAACAGGCGGAAAGCGAGGCCCGCGUUAAGAAGCUCGCCAGCGAACGCGACACUUCUGACUGGAGAUCCACUGUUUCCGAUUCUUUUGUUUUCAAGUCUGCCGAUGCUGCAAGCUGUAGAGCGGCUUUGGAUGCCAAAUUCAGCAACGUGCAAGCCUAUCCUACGGAUCUUUUCCCUAUGGAGGUAUACGCUGUGGAUCCCACAGGUAACGUGGUGGGUGUUACCCAAACCAAGAAUGCCGUUAGCGCAAGACCCACAGCGCCACCAUUGUCCGCGGGCACUUUCACAUCCACUUUGCCCUCCUCUGCUCAAUCAACUAUUGGGUUAGAUUCCACGGACGAGAAAUCAAUUCAGCUCUCUGCCGACGCAGUGGGCGACAGCUCCGAUCCCGCUCUAAAGCAAAAGGCCAUUGCUGUCAUGACCUCUGGUGGUGACGCCCCAGGUAUGAACGCUAAUGUCCGUGCUAUCGUCCGUACUACCAUCGCCAAAGGGUGCCGUGCGUACGUUGUCAUGGAAGGUUACGAGGGUUUGGUACGUGGAGGUCCUGAAUACAUCAAGCAAUUCACAUGGGAAGAUGUCCGUGGCUGGUCAAGUGAAGGUGGUACCAACAUUGGUACCGCUCGUUGCAAAGAAUUCAGAGAACGUCCCGGAAGAUUGCUUGGUGCCUUGCAUUUGAUCGAAGCCGGAGUUGACGCUCUGAUUGUUUGCGGUGGUGAUGGAUCUUUGACAGGUGCUGACUUGUUCAGAUCUGAAUGGCCUUCGCUUCUUCAAGAGUUAAAAGAUACCGGUAAAAUUACCCCUGAGGUGUUCUCCAGAUAUAAGCACCUGAACAUUUGUGGUACUGUUGGUUCUAUUGAUAAUGAUAUGUCCACCACAGAUGCCACCAUUGGUGCUUACUCCUCUUUGGACAGAAUCUGCAGAGCCAUUGACUACAUUGAAGCAACCGCUAAAUCGCACUCCAGAGCUUUCGUUGUCGAAGUAAUGGGAAGAAACUGUGGUUGGUUGGCGUUGAUGGCGGGUAUCGCCACUUCAGCUGAUUAUAUCUUAAUCCCUGAGAAGCCUGCCUCCUCUCGUGAAUGGCAAGAUCAGAUGUGCGAUAUUGUCGGCAAGCACAGAUCAAGAGGUAAAAGAACGACCAUUGUCAUUGUGGCAGAGGGUGCCAUUGCUAAUGACCUAACACCAAUUUCUCCAAACGACGUGCACAAGGUUUUGUGCGACAGAAUGAAACUUGACACCAGAGUCACCACUUUGGGUCACGUCCAAAGAGGUGGUACCGCUGUCGCAUUUGACCGUAUUUUGGCUACUCUACAGGGUGUUGAGGCCGUUAACGCUGUUCUUGAAACUACCCCAGAUACGCCAUCUCCUUUGAUUGCUAUCAACGAGAACAAAAUCACUCGUAAGUCGUUGGUCGACUCUGUAAAGCUAACGAAAUCCGUGGCAGAGGCAAUUCAUGCGAAGGACUUCAAGAAGGCUAUGGGCUUGAGAGACACAGAAUUUGUAGAGCACUUGAACAACUUUAUGGCUGUCAACUCUGCUGAUCACAACCCACCAAAAUUGCCACAAGACAAGAGAUUGAAGAUUGCCAUCGUCAACGUCGGUGCUCCUGCUGGUGGUACCAAUUCGGCCGUUUACUCGAUGGCCACAUACUGCAUGUCGCAAGGACACAGACCAUAUGCCAUUUACAAUGGUUGGUCCGGAUUGGCCAGACACGAAAGUGUACGUAGUCUGGACUGGAAGGAUAUGCUAGGCUGGCAAAGUCUCGGUGGUUCCGAGAUUGGUACCAACAGAUGUACUCCUGAGGAAGCGGACAUAGGUUUGGUGGCUUACUACUUCCAAAAAUACAAGUUCGACGGUCUUAUUAUCGUUGGUGGUUUCGAAGCCUUCGUGUCAUUGCAUCAGCUCGAGAGAGCCAGAUCGAACUUCCCUGCCUUCAGAAUCCCAAUGGUUUUGAUGCCAGCGACUUUGUCGAACAAUGUUCCAGGUACCGAAUAUUCUUUAGGUACUGACACUGCUUUGAAUGCUUUGAUGGACUACUGUGAUAUCAUUAAGCAAUCUGCAGCUUCAACGAGAGGCAGAGCUUUCGUUGUCGACGUUCAAGGCGGCAACUCUGGGUUCCUUGCCACAAACGCUUCGUUGGCGGUAGGUGCUCAAGUGUCGUAUGUUCCUGAAGAGGGGAUCUCGCUAGAGCAACUAUCGCAGGACAUAGAGACUCUCGCCGAAUCAUUUGAGACCGCUCAAGGUAGAGGCAGAUUCGGUAAGUUGAUCUUGAAGUCCAAGAAUGCUUCUAAGGUAUUCACCCCCGAGGUGCUAGCCGAAGUGAUCACCGCGGAGGCCAAGGGGGCGUUCAACGCUAAGUCUGCCGAACCAGGCCACGUUCAACAGGGUGGUUUACCUUCCCCAAUCGACAGAACCAGAGCUACGAGACUAGCUGUCAAGGCUGUGGGUUUCAUCGAGGACCACCAAGAAGAUAUUUGCAGCGCCCGUGCAGAUGACGAGGAGUUUGAUCCUGACAACAGAAUCGUUUCCGUUACAGCCACUGUGCUGGGCAUCAAGGGCUCCGACAUCGUCUUUUCCUCAAUCAGACAGCUCUACGAUUUCGAGACGGAAAUUGGCAAGCGUAUGCCAAAGGUUAUUCACUGGGAGGCCACCAGGGCCAUUGCCGACAGCUUGGUAGGUCGCAAAAAGGUGGAAGUCAAGCAUUAA